UGGUGUUUUGAUUGCAGAAUUUUUAGUAUAUAUUUUCGCCGCUGCAAUUUGUAAACAUGAGCAAUAACACAGCAAAUACAUCGCCUUCAGCAAUAAAUUGGUUCACUAUGCUUGAAAAAUGGGAGGGACUGGAUGUUGUUGACCUACCUGACAUGGAUAUUUUUGCUGCUGCUAGCACCGGUGCAGUAAACAAGGUGCUGGAAUUACUGCGACGCGAUAAUUCGUUGGCUACGAAGCGGAAUCGCGGCGGCUGGACUGCGCUUAUGUACGCCAGUCAUUCGAAUCAUGUUAAGAUCAUGGAAACUCUUGUUCAAGCAGCUCCAAUAUGCGUGAAUAUGCUCGAUCUCAGUCGACGCAGUGCGCUAACUUUGGCAUCCAUGUGGGGACAUGAUGAUGCUGUUCGUCUCCUUCUAACUUGGGGUGCAGAAUUGGAAACGAAAGAUGAAAUUCUUGACUACUCCCCAUUGCAUCACGCUGUUGUCAUGGGGCACUUAUCGACCGUGGAAACCCUUCUCAGUCAUGGAGCAGAUCCAUCGCCACGAGAGCGUUUCUCGCGAAGCACGCCUCUGAUGUCUGCUGCAUUUUCUGGCCAGGAACAAAUGAGUGUGUUUCUUCUAUCGCACAUGACGCUUGAAGAUAUUCGUGCUGUCAACAUUGACGGAGAUACCGCGUACGAUUUAGCGUGCAAAAAUAUGCAUAUCGAUUUGGCUGAAAUCAUUCAGCAAUUCAGUUCCGGGGAUAUUGGAUCCUAUUUCCCCAUAUUACCAACUUGCAUCAGGAACCGUCCAGAGUUGAGCGACGCUUCGUCGAACAGCAGUGUUUUCGUUGAUGACGAAGAACAUCCCGAUAUUUUCCAUUGGGAACAUGCUUCUUCUGGUGCCAACGUGAUUCCUUCAACUACAUCAACGGGAAUCUUUGCUCCAGACGAAGAGCUCGAAAGAACGAGUGGAAAAUCGCGGAAGAUGAGCUUGAGGUCAUUUUUGGCGGAGAAUGGCAUGUCACAGUAUCUGAAUCUAUUUCGAGAGCAAGAGAUCGACCUGGGUGUAUUUCUGACAAUGUCUGACGAAGACUUGAAGAGUAUUGGAAUCACGAAGCUCGGUGCGAGGAAGCGAAUGACCAGUGCUAUUGCGAGGUGGCACAGUUGCGCAUUCCCAAAAUUUGUUAGGAAGCACGGCAUCACUGCGCUGGAAAUGGCUUAUGCUGAUAAGCUUCAAGCAGAGAACGACGAGCUUCGGAUUAAACUUGCUGGUAGGAUUCACCAGGUUGAAACGAUGCAGAAGCAGUUACUUGGCCUCAAAAUGGCGGCCAACCGAGUGUUUUAUGAGCUACAGAGGACCGUGGAUCCCAAGAUGAUGUCAAAGUGCGCGUUGGAAUUUUUGAUGGACUUGAAGGUUCGCACGGAUCACGCCAAUUGAAAUUGAACCCAAUUUAUUUUAUUUUUUUUGCGAGGGAAGCAGCUGAGCAUUGUUGUGGCAUGCAGUGAAACUUUCCUUUCGCUUUUAGUCAGUGUGGAGUCGAGGGUAUUCUGUGCAUUUGCACUGUGAUCGGAGUACGUGGAAAAUUGAGUGCGUGAUUGAUUUUUUUUUUCCCGGUGUGCCUUAUCUUCUUCGAACCCGUGAAGCUUCGUCGACGUUAAUUGUAUUAGGUCAUCUGCUGACGCGAUGAAGGCGAAGUGAGAUUUUUCCCAAAAGGUGUAUGUGCUCGACACGCUCGUGGAGAAAUUAUUGUUUUUUUUUAAUUGAAUCAGAACUGAUUGCCGAAUGGUAAAAAAAACACACAGAUGGACUAGGAAUGGAGUUCAGAGGUUUUAAACGGUGAUUUUUGCGUUUAGAGGAUCAGAAAUACUACCUUAGGAACCUAAAUUUAUAUUGUCAAAUUAAUCUUAGUUGGGAGUUUAGUAGAACAUCGGGUUUUAUUGGGUGUGAAUUUCGACAUUGGGUGAGGCCAAGUUGUUUUACAGUUUCUUCUGGUUGAGUAAGUCAAUAACGGCUUAGGUUGGAUUAGUUUUGUUAAAUUAUGAAGUAUGAAAAAAGAUGGGGAUUAUUUAUGCCUAAGGUUUUGGGUUGUGAUAUUUGGACUGAGUUGCGUACAUUGCAUCAAUGGCGUACCGGAAAUUUCAAUUUACCGCUGGGGAGAAGAUUUACCGAGUAUUGAUAUUAGUCUAUGUGGUCUUUUUAUCAGUCGUGUGCUGUGGAAUCUCUGCGAAGGAACUAAUGAUCUUGAGGAAUAUCAUUCCAUGGAUUCUCGGAAGUAUUCCUGAUUCGAGCGAUUAUUAUUUUUUAAUUCUGGAUUUUUUUUUUUCGAGCUUGUAGCACUCAGCAAUGAGAGUUUUCACGCGCCCGUGUGUUCAGUCGCUGUUUUAAUGAAAAGUUGAUUUCUGGUUGUCGAAAAUCUCGACGGAAAAGGAUACUAAAGAUAACUGUGAUUUCCGUGUAGCGUUUUGCGGUGUUUCGCGAUUUUAUGCAAAAACUUUGGAUUACUCACUGCCUUACGGGCAUGUUUGCUUUUUCAUGAGUGAUGGCGGCGGUUUUUUUUUUCUUUCUCGAAAUUCCUCGAGAUGAAUUGCCGAUUAGGAUAAGUUCCAUUUUAUUUUUUUUCAGUGAUGUAUCGCGUGUUUGAGUUUGAAUGCUGAUUGGGGCUCAGGGUGCGUCGUGUAUUUAUUUGUUGUGGAAAAACCAAAAAUCGGUGCCCUGAAAGCUUGUGCUUUUUCCGUUCCUAAGUUCAGUCAAGUCAGUCGCUGCAGUCCAUUGUGUGCAAUGCUUUUAUUAUGUUUUGUUUUGUUUUGAUGCCACCGUAAAUUCGUUCAAUAAUGACGAAUCGGCGAAAAGAAUUUGUGACGGAAAGAAAGAGAGAGAGAGAAAAGGUCCCUCGGGAUUCCUGCUCAAGAUAUUUUAUAUGGGAGAAGUAUUUUCCUUUUAUUCUUCCGGCGUGUCAAGAAAUGGGCAAUUCUUUGCUGAUUGGUUGAUUUAUGUAAUCCGUUUGAUUUCUUGCGCUUUGUGUGAUUCGAAAGGGUAUUUUUUUCCCUUGUGUUACCAAGAGAUGCGAGAGAAUUGCAAUUUGUUCAAGGGCCCGCAAAGAAA